AUAUAUAUAUACAAUCUAUUCUCGUUGCCACCACCUACCAUUUACCCUCUGUUAUCCAUCAAUCUGUUUCCUCCAUUUUUAGGGUUUAUUAUUUCAGGGAUUGCCCUUUUCUUUUCUACUUCUAUUCCGCAAUGGGUUUCAAGUUUCAGGCUUUGGAAUCUUAGUGUGCUCAUGGAAAAUAUGUAUAUGUGGGUGGAGAUUGAUACAACACCUAUCCAUCAGCGUGCACUCUUCUGUUCAGGAUUGUAUAUUUGAAUGGCGGCAGAUCAGCUGAAUAAGCGUCCUAAAGUAACCAAUAUUAUCCGUCAUACUUCUUGGGAGCUGCAGAAAGUGAAAAAGAAGAAGUUUUCUCAUUAUGAUUUAAACCCGAGGUCAAGUAUUUCUCUCCAGUGGGAUGACAAGAAGGAGCAUGUUGUUCCUAAGAAGGAGCAGAUAAGUAUUGCACGCAGAGAGUUGGCUCCGUUUCUUCCUCUUGUUUUGCAUUGCCAGAAUGUCCUGGGUGAUGUCUUUGCAGCUCCUCCUGAAUUAUUUGAACUAGAUAACUUGAUGGGUUUGCUAUCUUAUGAGGUUUGGCAAACUCAUUUGUCUGUACAAGAAAGAGAGUUUCUGACCCAGUUGCUUCCUGAAGGGGCUGAGCCGCGUGAAGUUGUUCACGAAUUGUUAGCUGGGAAUAAUUUGUACUUUGGAAAUCCAUUCUCAAAAUGGGGUGCUUCGAUUUGUUCAGGUGAUUGUCAUCCUGAUGCCAUUCUCCGUCAAGAACAGUGUAACAAAGCUAACAAAAUAGCAUAUUAUUCAGAAUUACACAAGUACCAUUCUAAAAUGAUUGGCAGUCUGCAGUUGUGGAAGGAAAGAUGGGCAAGCUGUGUGAAUUCAGAAAAUGAUUUUAUGCAAAAGAUACUGAGGCCUAGAAAGGAUUUUCACAAAAGUGGCUGCUCACAUGAAAAUGACAUACUAUAUGGUCCUGAAGACAGUCGGGGUGCAACAUCUGAUUCUUUUUCCUGGGAUGCUGAUGAUAAAUCAUGUAGUAGUGAGAGCCCAGAUUUAACAAUGAUGAACGGAGAAAGUAUAAUGAGGGUAUCCAGAAUGGAUUUGGAGAACAAAUGUUACGACUCAUCAGGUGGAUGGAGAUCGGUAGCAAGACGUAGAAAAGGAGAUAGAUUACACAGGCUUAAUGUAGAGUGUGGUGAUGGUGCCAAGUAUAUGUCAUACAUCAAGUUUCACUUUCGGGAGCUUCGCUUCUUUGUACCCCAUCCAUUGCAUAAGAACUGCAAGGAGCAGCAUCAGCGAGUUAAAAGCAGUAUGAAACACUCUAACACCAGCAUUCAGCCGAGGUCUCUUAAUAAUGUACUGGGGAAUCUUGAUAGUUUCUGUGUUCAACCAUAUGAAAUGUUUGAGGAAGAGGAGAGACAGAAGCUGCGGGAGCACUGGUUGCAUUUGGCAAAGAAAGAUCUCUCUGCAGGCUUUGAGAAUUGGAAACAUUGGCGAGCUGCCAAGUGGCAAUUGACAAAGUCUUUGAGGAAAGAAAUGGAAGAUAAAUGGAAGUCGAAUGGUCAGUCGGUUUUGAAUCUGUACAAUCAAGAUGAAGAGAAUGAAGAAAGUCGUAUCUUGAUACUUCAUGGCACUUGCAAUGCAACUUCAGAUGAUGGGAUUGUGAAUGCAACGAAGGUUGAAGAGAAAGAGCAAUUGCUUAGUAAUCUGCAUCAUGAACGACAGGCUGAUGGAGAAAAAGAUGAACUUUCAAUCCCACCUGAGGAUAAUGAGGAACAAAAUGCUGAUCCCAUAUUCCAGUCGGUGGCAGAUCUUAAUGCAACAAAUCAUGAAACAGCAAUGCAGAUUGAACAUACAGAUGAAUCUAGUCAAGACUCUGCUCACAAUCGGCAUCUGCCACAGAUUGUUAUACAAGAUGGUGGCGAAAACUUCUGCGCCAUGGCCAUCAACGCCAAUAAUGAUGUUUUCCCAGAAUCAGAUGCUUUCCCUUCUAAUCUAGGUGAAUAUACUGAAAAUAUGAACCAUGGAGAUGCUCCUGUUGGUGAACAAUUUCCUCUUCCCUCUGCUGCUGCCAGUGAAAUAUGGCCAGCAGUUAGCCUACCAAGUAUGUACUAUCAUCAACCUUCAUCUGUAAGCCAUGGAUAUGCUUCUAUUAAUGCAUUGUCACUUGGGCAUCCCCAAGUUAGGCGAGACCCAUCAAGCCAGGCGAUUGUCCUAGAAUCUGAGAUGCAGCAAAAGGAUACUCUUAGAAGUUUUCUGCAGAGACGAUCUGAUGGUGGUGAUUCUUUUUUUUAUCCAUAUGCUAAUCAAGACCGUAACGAAUUGCUACUGCAUUCACUUUUCAAGGAUCCAGGGAGCUCUUAUCUUCAUGAACAGAAGCUCUCUAGGCUAGGUUUUCAUCCAGCAGGCAGUGAGGCAAUGCUGGGCAGUGGUCAAUUUCCCAGGAACUUGUGCUCAUCAUUGCCGUUGGAUCCGAAGCAGAAAAGGCUGGGUGAUGUCUCUAUGCAUCAGAACAUUCAAGAAAACAUAUUUUCAGAUGGAGGGGGCCGUUUCUUGAUUCCGAGGCAAGAACACUUGUUGCCCCUCAAUCAUGUUCAGGAUUGGCCUGGGAAUGGUGGUGUUAACAUGCCAAUGUUAGCGCCAUCCCAGCACCGGUUAAACAGCAGUGGAGAGCUCCCAAGUCAAAAUUGGUUUUCUGAUGAUGAGGUGGUGUGUGAUGGGUGGUCAUCAGGUGGUGUAGUGCCAAACCAGGAGACAGGGAACGGUAGUCAGGUAGCAGAUGAGAGCUUAUUUAGCAUUUUAUCUCAGUGUAAUGGGCUGCGUUCAGGUGUCCAUUUUGGUUCAACUACAGGUGAGUUUAUUCAGCCUGGGAACUAUGUUGGGAUGGGGCGUGGAGCAAGUGAUGGUGUUAACUACAUGAGUGGCAACGGAGGUCAAUCUGGUGGGGCAAGGGCAAGAGGAGGCAGCAGUUUGGGAUGGAUAAAUGUGCCACGGACAUUGCAGGAGGGUGGGGGGAAAUCAUGGAAUGAUAAGGGGUUAGGAUGAUGUUGUAGGAGGGGAGGUCAGGUGUUGGAAAUAUAGACCAAUAGUGUUAUAGAUGGAAAGGACAUAUAGUAAGAGUAGUAUAUCUGAUUAUGAUUAAACUUUUGCAGGAUUAAUAAGGGUGGGAAUGGUUCUGGUCUUCUAUUUGUUGUUUUUAAAAUUUUGGUGAAGGUCUGUCUACUUGCCAUUCUGAGUGAAUCUGAUGUUGAAAAUGAGGGAUGAAUGGAAAGCAAUAGCAAUCUAUUUGAGAAAUAGAAAAAGAGAAGAACGUUUGUUAGC